AUGGAGCUCCAAGGCAGCUGCCGCUGCGGGGCGGUUAAGUUCAGCUGCUUGAGCCAAGCCCCGGUGCCCUUCAUGCGCUGCUACUGCAGGCAAGGCAUGCAGGGAGGGGCUGGGCAGAGAAUCAAUCGCACUGGAGUGCACAUCUGCCGCAAGGUCAGCGGCUGCGGCGGGUACGCCAUCAACAUCAUGGCGCAGGCCGACAGCCUCAAGGUGACGGGCCGCGAGAACCUGAAGCCCUACCGGUUGAUGCUGCCGGCGGAGAGCGGCGGCGCGCUGCAGCCCUCCACCAACACGCGGUUCUUCUGCAAGGAGUGCGGCUGCCACCUGUGGGCGCAAGACCCAUCGUGGGAGCAGUGGUGCUACCCGUUUGCCGGCGCCAUCGACACGGAGCUGCCUGUACCGCCCCGCAGCGUGCACAUGAUGCUCAAGGACAAGGCACCCUGGGUGGUGCCGCAGGUGGGCCCCCAGGACGACCAGUUCGAUGCGUAUCCAGAUCUCAGCAUCGAGGAGUGGCACAAGAAGCACAAGCUGUGGGUGGAGUGA